AUAUGUGCUUGCAAUUUGAUCCUGCGGCGCUCGGUGCGGUGGUGCGCCGAUCGGAGAGUAAUUUACACCGAAUUCCUGGGCAUCCUGGGGUCUGCCGUGCGACCGGGCUUCCUGGAUAAUCGUCUCGCGCCACCGAUGCCACCGUCGACCCACCGCUCCCGUUGUCGCGCAGCAUCCGACACGCUCGUCGCGCGGUGAACGUCGGACGUCAGACGUCCACCAGGAAGACGGUGGUGCGCGUACGCAGCAUUGUCUUCGCAGAAUCUGCGAGUAAAUGUAUGCAAAUUUUUGAGUAAUGCAGGGCAUGAUGCCAGUUAAGACAAAAUCUCGUGUUCCUGAAAACAUGGGGGUCACAGGUGGACUGGUGGAUGCCCGUGCUAAACAAGUUUUGAGAGAAGCUGUGGACGCAGUUGUUAAUAGUUUCGCAAAGCACAGUCAAGGCUAUGGCAGAGUAAAUGUUGUGGAAGCAUUGCAAGAAUUUUGGCAGAUGAAACAAGCGAGAGGAGCAGAAUUGAGAAACGGUGCACUAGUUAUUUAUGAGUCUGUCCCUGGCGCUAACCCGCCUUAUGUUUGUUACGUAACACUUCCUGGUGGAUCCUGUUUUGGAAGUUUUCAGAAUUGCCCCACUAAGGCGGAAGCGCGCAGAUCGGCUGCAAAAAUUGCACUGAUGAAUUCUGUAUUCAAUGAGCAUCCAUCGAGAAAAAUUACUGAUGACUUUAUCGAGAAAGCUGUUGCGGAGGCGAGGGCAAGUUUUGCGAAGCCUUCAGCGACAUCAAACGGAGUUGGAAGCCAAGCACAAGGGAGUGGCGACGAGAAAGAGGAUCCAAACACAGGAAUAGGUGCAUUCCGUUUUAUGUUGGAGUGCAAUCGUGGAAGAACAAUGUUGGAAUUUCAAGAAUUAAUGACAGUCUUUCAAUUGCUUCAUUGGAAUGGCUCUUUGAAAGCCAUGAGAGAGAGACAGUGCAGCAGGCAGGAAGUAGUCGCGCAUUAUAGUCAUCGCGCGUUAGACGAUGAUAUGCGCAGUCAAAUGGCAUUAGACUGGGUGGCUAGGGAGCACGAGAGUGGCGGCGGGGUCGUGGCAAUGGAAUUGGCCUUAGCUGAGCGUGAACUUGAGACUGCCCGAUUAGCGGGACGAGAACUUAGAUUUCCAAAAGAAAAGAAAGACAUACUAAUGCUUGCACACGCGCAGGUCUGUCCGCAAUAAAUUCUGACGUGAAUGUCAUUGAAACAAACAACGCACAAGACUGGUCUUUCUCGCGAAGGAUGGUAAUAGUUUUGAAAAAAUAGCUUCCUGAGAUAUUUUUUUAUGAGGAUCGAUUUUUAUGAACAAUUUUACUUAAUUCUUUUUAAGGCUUAAUGACAAGAAUUAUUCCGUCCUUUUUAUAAAGCAUAUCUCUUUAUAGAGUUUUUCUUUAUAAAGCUUUCUGGUGAUAAUAGAUCUUAAAUGGGAUAUUUUGAUAUAUUAUGUAUAAGAGCACUGAGUAUACAACUCUACCAUCCACCUUCAAGAGUUAUAAAGAUAUACUACGCGCUACAAAAAAUGCUCGCAUUUACAUAUUGAAUCUACUUAAUCAUGUAUAUAUUUUGGGAUACAAGGCUUUGUCUUCCAUUAUCUAUAUCUCGUAUAAUUUUUGUUAACUCUUGAUUGUUGUUAAAGUACGAUCGGGCAAAGUCAAGUAGAUGCAAUUUUGCAAUAAUUUGCAAAUGCAAUAAUUUGGAAUUUUUUUAAAUUAAUAUAUUAUAAAAUUAGCGUGUGUGUAUGGAUAUUCGUAAUAACAUAAAUUGCCAAGAGAGAAUUUUAAGGUAAAAUCGUAAGAUAAUGGUUAUAUAAACAGGGUAAAUUUAAACGAAACGUAAUACAUUGACUUCUACUGAUGUAUAAAAAUUGUUGAAACAAAUCUGUAAAUUGUAAACAACAUGCGUAAUUACAAUUGGGCUAUGAAACUUGAACAGAGGCGAACUUUUAACACAUGAUAGUACACUUUAGGGUAAAUAGGUUUUUCAUAUAUCGCAAGUUAGACAGUUGCUUUUAGCAACACACUGUGCUUCUGCUCUAGUUCUGAAGAUAUUAAUACACAGAAAAAGAGUAAGGUGAUUAUAUUAUCUCGAUAUUCAUACUGCUGUUAUAAGUUAGUAUAUUUUAUAUACACCGAUUUGAGAGAAAGGGCGAAUGUACUACUUUCGAGCACAGUUGAAUAGGAUAUAGUUUAUAAUUUGUUUUAUAAAUAGUUUAUUAUUAUUAUUAAACAUUGAUAAACACAA